AUGAACACGGGAACGGUCGAGGAUUUCACGAUGCGAGGCAUUUCGGAUCUGCAUGAUCGUCUUGUCCGAACUCCGCUUCCUGCCAUUGAAACCUUCCGAGAAGAUCCUCUGCGUCUCCUUCGAGCCGUCCGCUUUGCUACGCGCUUCGAUUGCUCGAUAGACCCCAGCAUCUUUGAAGCGGCUCGAAUUCCAGAAAUCGAGCAUUUUUUGUCGAUCAAAGUGUCGAGAGAGCGAAUUGGAAUCGAGUUUCUGAAAAUGGCGCAAUUCCGCCAUUUCGAUCGUGCUCUGCACGAGCUUUCGAAUAUGGCGAUUUUGAAUAGUUUGUUCCAUAUUGAAGGCGAUCUGACGUUCUACAUGAAGAAUCAGAAGCUCCGCUCGAUGGAGGAGUUUGGGAGACAGUUGUUCCUGUGCUGGGUUCCCGAAGUGGGAAAGCGAAGAAAACGUGAAAUGUAG